CCCAGUCCCCUGCAUGCGUCAUGCACGUCCUGCCACUCAAAUGAUCCUGGCGUUGGCGGCACUGUACGUGGACACAGAGAACUUGCCGCACCGCUCAGACGCACCGCCUCGAGACCUGCUGAGGGUUUGCUGUGUUUUGGAGCGGUGGUGGUUGUGGUGAUGCUGCGGCCGCCAUGGCAUCGAGUGAGAGGCUCAGGCUCCUCCCGGGCGACGGGCUGGGCGGCGGCGGUGCCGGGGAAGGAUUGACUCGCCAGCCUUUUCUGGGCUGGGUGAGAGUGGAGCCCGUGGUGGCGGCGAGCCUGUUCGGGCUGGGCCUAAACAUGGCGCUCGCCGACAACCUGUGGCUGGACAAGAUUUGUAAGGUGCACUUCAACCUGAGCGAGGCGGUGUGCUGCGCGCUGAGCAACCACCCGCGGGAGGAGGAGGAAGUGCAGCGCCUAGCCAAUCGCUACCGUGUGUACGGCAAGGUAAUGCAGCAGGUGCCGGCCGCGGCCAUGGUGCUGCUGAUGGGCGGUUGCAGCGACGCUCUCGACCGCCGCCUUCCUCUGCUGUGGUGCCACACCGGGUACCUGAUGAUGGCACUCGCCUCGGUGGCCAACGUGUACUGGUGGUGGCUGCCGCCCCAGCUGCUGCUGCUGAACCAUUUGCUGCUGGGGAUGGCGGGCGGUACCCUCGUCCUCGUCAUGGGCGUCGAGGCCUACCUCAGCGCCGCAUCGGCUUCUCAGCACCGUACAAUGCGCCUGAUGUUGCUCAAGGUAUUGGCGGUGGCCGGCAAGGCCUCUGGUAUGGCUGUGGCACUCGUCGUGUUCCGCACCGGCAACUACUUGGCAGUGUUCGGCUUGCAGAGCCUUGUCUUCGUUUUCGUUAUCGUGUACGUGCUGCUGAGGCUGGAGCGGCGCCCCGGAGAGGACCCGCAGCAGCAACAGUUAAAUCAACAGCAGGAGGCGGUGUUGUCCUUUGCUAGACUCAAGGAGACGGUGCUGGGGGUGUUUCUGGCCAGUGGAUCUGGCGGCGGGCUGCGGCUCCUGGCUCACAUGUUCAUUGUAUGGCUCCUGCUGUUCUCUCUCGGAUCGGCGAACUUCGUGUACUUCUCUGCUCGCACACGCUUUCACUGGAGCUACGAGACCUUCACGCUGUGGUACAUAAUCGACGUGACUGUGUCCUCCCUGGGCCCCCUGGUGGCGGUGCCAGCAGUCACUUCCACCUUCCACCCACGGGACGAGCUGCUGGGACUCCUGGGUUCCUUCUCGCUUCUCUUCAAGAACGUGAUUCUCGCCACGGCUCCGCGCGGCUGGGUCCUCUACCUCGCCUCGGCGGCGGGGGUGUGCGGGGAGGUGGUGGGCGUGGCGUCGCGGGCCUCCGCUUCCAGGGUGGGCGGCACGAGGCGAGUCGGGGCCGUGUUCGCCGUGAUGGCCGUCGGGGAGGCCGCCAUGCCCGUCCUCGCUGCGGUAGCUUUUGCCGCCCUCUACGCCGCCAGCUACACCAUCUUCCCUGGUGCGGUGUUCAUCCUCAGCGCCUUCUGCUGCGCCGCUCUGAGCUGCACUCUUGUAGGAUAUAUUGCCUGUGAGAACGACGCAGACAUAAACGAAGAGACGGAGGAGGCGGCGAGGGCAACGGUACCGAGCCCCUUGGCCAACACUCCUUCCUUCUCGCCUCCCGCCCUCCUGACGGAUCCCACGCCCACACGCGCCGCACACACUGCACCUGACGAAUAAACAACGCCCAUGCCA